UUUUUUUGAAAUCAUUGUCGCUACCUUUAUUCAAUAAUCUUAUCGUCAAAUUGGGGAUUCGGGGUGGGUUUUCAAUUUUGGGCAGUGAGUGAGAGAUUUGGCCUUUCCUUCAAUUCUUUUUCUCCCCUAAUUCUUAUUUUAUUUGGAGGGGCUUCUUCCUGGCUGGGUGGGGAGUGGUGGUUGGAUUUGGAUUUCGAUUGGAUUGGAUGGGUGAUGGUUUUUAGAGGGAGUUAAGCUUCACCCUGUUUUUGGUUGGAGGAAAGGGGAAAAGUAAGAAACUCAAUUCUCAAGGAACCGAGGGAGGAAGAAAUGCGGAAAUCGUUUAAGGAUUCUCUCAAGGCUCUGGAAGCUGAUAUUCAGUUCGCCAAUACCCUGGUUUGUCGAGAGCGACCCCUCAAGGACGGGUUGCUUUCCGCUUGUGUAGAUUGUACCUUCAAUAUCUGCAAGUGGGGUUCUCAAUUGUUGGAUAUUUUGCUUUUGGUCAGGUCCUCUGUUUAUCCUGCUGAAUACGAUGGGGGAUGUCUUCAGAUGAGGCUAUCUUACAGCCCUGCCGCUCACAUAUUCCUCUUUCUAGUCCAAUGGACCGACUGCAAUCUCGCCGGAGCCUUGGGGUUGCUCCGAAUACUCAUCUAUAAGGCUUAUGAAGAUGGGAAGACAACGAUGUCAGUCCAAGAGAGAAAAGCUAGCUUGAAGGAGUUUUACGGGGUGAUAUUUCCUUCUUUGAUGCAACUCCAGAGAGGGAUUACUGACGUGGACGAGAGGAAACAGAGAGAAAUCUGCGCCAAAUACAGGAAGAAAGACGAGACGGACAAAGGCAAGCUGACUGAGAUUGAUCUUGAAAGGGAGGAAGAAUGUGGGAUAUGCAUGGAGAACAACACCAAAGUCGUGUUGCCAAAAUGCAGCCAUUCUCUCUGCCUCAAGUGCUACAGAACCUGGCGAGCGAGGUCGCAGUCGUGUCCAUUCUGCCGGGACAGCCUGAAGAGGGUGAACUCAGGUGAUCUGUGGGUCUACACCAGCAACAAUGAAGUAGCUGAUCUGUCAGCUAUAACGAGGGAGAACUUGAAGAGAUUGUUCAUGUACAUCGACAAGCUUCCUCUCAUAGUUCCUGAUCGAAUGGUUGUUUCCUAUGAUUUAAGGUACCAGUAGCAAGAAGUAUGAAUUGGGGGAAAGCUGAUUGGGAAUGGUUUGUUUGUGUACAUAAAAAUUAGCAGUGUUGGGUUAUUUGUGCGUGGUUGCCUAUUAUUGACGCAACAACCAGUCAUUUUUAUUCUUCUGUUUGUGGGCUCAUUUUUUUGUUCCGGUAGUGUAGAAGUGGGAUUCAUAGCCUGUAAAUAAUUAGACCUUCCUCAUCUUCAGAAGUGUUGAUAGAGUGGAAGCAACGGAUGAUUCGUUGUUUAAUGGUAGCCUUGUUGAUAUGAUUUUAACCUUGACUUGUGCUGAUAGUUAUGGCUAGGAAUGGCAUUGGGG